UUGGCUCAAAACGCAGAGAAUGUGUAUCCGUGCAUUAUGCAUUUGUACGCAUCUUAGCAAGCGCACAAUCAUAAACAACAAGAACAUGACCCUGGACCUACUGUGGGUACAUUGCUACUAGAGAUUAGCUCUGUUUGCCCAGUGCACAGCCAGAAUAUAGUUGGGAUUAAUCAACAAUUAAUAGGCGUAGCGGUGUUAAAAACAGGAGGGGGGAGCCACAUCACAGACACUGGAGGGAAUAUUGUGGUCUCAUUGGUGCUGUAACAUUGCCAUCGUCCCCGUGACUUUUCUUUUUUGUUAAUGUUGAAUUAAUGAUUUCUCCUCUCACCCCAUCAAAGAGAGAUGAUGGAAAUGGCUGCAACCAGUUUUGAAUAAUCAAUUGUAUUAAUGCAGCUGGGCACUGGAAAUAAAGCAUGUAAUCACCUCGCCCCAGGCUAUGCGCUCUUUGCUUUGUGAGUGUGUGCGCGCACGCAUAGCCAUACACACACACAUUGACUUUUUUGCUCUUUGGUUGGCUAGACAUUUACUAAUGUUUGUGGUAGCCCACUCAGAAAAUCAAUUCACUGACUGUAACAUAUACAUUUUAAACAGAGGCAUAUCACAAUUUUAUUUACAACAUAAAGUGGAGAAUAAGGGAAGGGUAAACCAAUUAUAUGACUGAGUGAUACUGAUGGAUAGAGCAUGUUGUGUAAUGCUUAAUGCCAAAUAAGCACAGAAGUAAAAUAAUUUGCCAAUGCUUGAGUUGUGAAAUGAAAAGGCUGAUUACAAAGUUUCUUCAGAACACCAAGUGUUUAAAAGUGCCACCUUGUGGCCGAAAUCAAUAUCGUUUUAGUCACAUGAAACUACAAUGUGACGUAAGGCUGAUGUUUUCGUGCCACCAUAACCAAAGUGAACACUCCAGGAAAGGGAGUGCGACCAGCCACUCCUCGCCGUUACUGGCUUCUGACAACGGUGUUCUGUCGCCGGCAUCAAAGAUGGACUGGGCUGUACCUCGGAUGUGACGCGUGUUAUGUGACGUGAGGUUUCAGCCCACCUCACAGGUGGUCGGGAGGGUAGGAGAGAUGCUGUGCUCCGUUGCCAUGGUGAUGGGACUGGUCCUGGUUACAUGGUUGCUGAAGACGGGCACCCACGGUAACCCAGUGGUGCCCCUGCACGAGGGUGGAGAGCGUGAGCGCCUGGAGCGUGCGCUAACCCAGGCCAAGGAGGGUGCCCUGAGCCCCAGUGCCCAGCAGAGGCUGGAGGAGAUCAGCCACACGGGUGGGCUGGAGGCCAGCCGGGGCUCCAACAAGACCGCCGGCGGGAGGGCCAGGCCCAGCUGGAGCCCGCAGAGACGCGGGCCUAAGCCUCAGAGCGGCAGCCAGGAGCAGCCUUGGGGAGAGCGCGACUCCCUGAAGCAGACCGACGACGGCCCCACCAGCGAGCCCAACGACGUCUCCAUGGACCCCAUCGAUGAGUACGCCUUCCCAGACUAUCGGGGCAAGGGCUGCAUGGACGAGACGGGCUUCGUGUUCGCCAUCGGGGACACGUUCGCCCCUGGCCCCUCCACUUGCCCGUGCGUCUGUACGGACGAGGGGCCCAUGUGUGCCAAGCCUGAGUGCCCUAAACUCCAUCCCCGCUGCCUGCGCGUGGACACCAGUCAGUGCUGCCCACAGUGCAAAGAGAAGAAGAACUACUGUGAAUUCCGGGGGAAAAUGUACUCAUCACUGGAAGAGUUCAAGGUGUCCCCCUGUGAGAAGUGUCGCUGUGAGCCCAGUGGUGAGGUGCUGUGCUCUGUAGCCGCCUGUCCCCAGACAGACUGUGUGGACCCUGAGUAUGAGCCGGAGCAGUGCUGCCCCGUCUGCAAGAGAGGACCCAACUGCUAUGCGGAUAAUGCAGUGAUUCCAGCCGGCCGUGAGGUAAAGAUUGACGCGUGCACCAUCUGCUACUGCACGUACGAGGAGGGCACAUGGCGCAUUGAGCGGCAAGCCACCUGCAGUAAGAACGAGUGCAGGCGUAGAUAAAGCCCAGGGCAUGGCACGGGUGACAAGCUGCCCAUCACGCAUACAGACAUAACACACACUCUCACACACACAUACACUAUCGGCACACAGAGGUUGGGGGUCAGUGCAGUGGCAACAGGCGACUUGUGCGUCUCUAACCACCUCCAUCACAACUCCACAAGUCCUGACACCUUCCAGUACGAAGCCAACGUUGACACGAGCCCAGCCGGCUCUUCAUGGGGCGUGACAAGUAUUGAGGGCAGGGGAGAGAGGCUGAGACUUAGGUUAGUGAGUGUCCUGCCAGCCUGUUUGGCCUUGCAUGCUUGAUGUACAGAGGAAGUCUUGUUCAACGCUGACAUGCUGUUAAGUGCGGUGAUGCUGCCGAUGUCUCAUCGCCUUAUGGACAGAAGACCACACCAGUCAAACCCUGGGCUUUGUAUCAGACAGCAUGAAACCAAGUGUCUCCUGAAGUAUAGUAUUAUAUAAACUUUCUAUGACAAUUUGUAACCCAUGAAAUGAUAUUUAUUUAUUUAUACAUAAUAUGAAUUGAUUCAUUUUAUGGAACAUUAUAUAAAAAAAAAAGAUUUAGGGCUUAAAGCAGAUAUUUUUUAUAGUUGCUGUAUUUUGAUAUACUGAGAUGUAAUCUACAGGGUCAGGUUUCCACCCAACAUCGAGGAAUGUAUUGUGCCAACCGUUACAGUAUGUAUAAUGAAGAUGAAUCCCUCUGUGGUAUAAUGACAAGCAAGAGUAAGACUACAGUAGAAAGCCUGUAACAGAGUAACCUGUAACUCCACUCCACGACUGAAGAAAAAUAAACAGCUUGUUUGUAUUUAUUGUAGGUCUUUGUUUUGUUCUCAGCAGUAAGUGCAUUUUUGUAUAAAAAAAAAAAAAAGAAUA